UCCCGGCGCAGCUCCCGGGUCGGUGCCCGGCUGAAAAGGCGUGCGCCCGGCGCCGCUGCGGGACCGGACCGCCAUGGGCCGCGCCGCCCUGCGCUUCGCGUCCGUGCCGCUGCCGCUGCUGCUGCUGCUGCUGCUCCGGGCCGAGCGGCCGCAGGGCACCGAACUCACCUUCGAGCUGCCGGACAGCGCCCGGCAGUGCUUCCACGAGGAGGUGGGGCGGGGCGUCAGGUUCGCCCUGGACUACCAGGUCAUCACUGGAGGCCACUACGACGUUGACUGCUCUGUGGAGGACCCCCUCGGCAACACCAUCUACAGGGAGACCAAGAAGCAGUAUGACAGCUUCACGUACCGGGCUGAGGUCCAGGGGGUCUAUCGGUUUUGCUUCAGUAAUGAGUUCUCCACCUUCUCUCACAAGACCGUCUAUUUUGACUUGCAAGUGGGCGACGAGCCCCCUAUUCUCCCAGACAUGGGGAGCAGGGUCACAGCUCUCACCCAGAUGGAGUCCGCCUGCGUGACCAUCCACGAGGCCCUGAGGACGGUGGUGGACUCCCAGACGCAUUACCGGCUCCGGGAGGCCCAGGACCGGGCCCGGGCUGAGGACCUGAAUAGCCGGGUCUCUUACUGGUCUCUUGGCGAGACCAUCACCCUGUUUGUGGUCAGCGUCAGCCAGGUGCUGCUGCUGAAAAGCUUCUUCACGGAAAAGCAGCCUGUCAGCCGGGCGGUCCACUCCUAGUGGGGGCGUCCUGUGUCGGCGUCCCUCACACCCCAGGAUGGAGCAGUUCUCGGAGUUCACAGGCUUCUGCUGUGCUGUGGACGCCACUCCGGUGCUGCAGAUGUGCUCACCUCUCCUUCCAUUCAUGCGCUUAAGCCUUGUCCCCCACUUUGGAUCCUACGGCCCUCCCAUUGUGUGCUUGUUUACAGGUGGGCGGGUGUGGGGUGGGCCACUGGGAGGGCCGGAGGGCUGGUGGGCGGAGCCUCAGUGCCACACCUGCUGCUCCGGGUUGCCUGGCUCAUCCGGCCCCUGUGUGUCCUGUCCUCUGCAGAGUGGCCUUGCCUCCCGCCGAGCUCUCUGUACCUGAGGCUGCUCUGCAGAAAUUCCCACCCCAGGUGGCAGUGCUGUCAGCCUGCAUGCAGGAGCGAAGUGGUGACGGGGUGCCCUUGGUCAGCUGUGUAUUUCCUCGGACGCAGACUCUGGCUAAUAAAGACUGAGCAUGAGCACCGUG